GUCCGAUGUUCUCAAAGACGGCCAGUCUUUGCACUUCACCCACACCCGCUCUAGACACUACUACCGACCGGGUACAUGCCGUGCAAACCACAACAUUGACCACAUAUAGUGCCUUCGCGCUCCAUCGACCUCCAGAUCGCCGGUGCGCACCUGCUGCCAAUCCUUCAGCGCGCUCUUGCUGACGAGGGUGCCGAGCGUGCCCGAAAAGAAUCGUCUGUCUUGACUGAAGUUGCUUGCCACAACAUCAAUCAUUGCUCUCCACAGGCGUGACCAUGGAGUCUUCUUCUCUGCGCAAUGCUGUGCAUCGGCGACAGCACAAAGAGCGUGGUCAGCUCAAUAGGCGCAAGAACCUCGGUCUGCUGGAGAAGCACAAGGACUAUGUGGAGCGAGCACGGGAUUACAAUUCCAAAAAGGAGAGGUUGAAGCGUCUGGGACAAAAGGCGAUGGACAAGAAUGAGGAUGAGUUCUAUUUUGGCAUGAUCAAGAGUCGGACAGAGGGCGGUGUGCAUAUCGCAAGUCGAGAGACUUCUCAAGUGUUGCCGCGGGAUGAAGUCGCCUUGCUCAAGACACAGGACAGCGCAUACAUCGUCACUCAGAUCAGAGCGGAAAAGAAAAGGAUAGAGGGGCUGGUGCAGAGGAUCGCUCCAAUGGUGUCGGAUAUGCGUUCAGAGUGGCUAGAUGCGAGAGAGGAACGACGGAAGGCACUUAGGAUUGCUGGACUGAUCGCUGCGGAGCCAAGGACAAGCAAGAGGUCUACAAUGGCGGACACGCUUGGGCUCGGUGGUAGAAGAACAGUGUGGGUUGACGGCGUGGAAGCAUUACGCGCAUAUACACCGCUUUCUUCGGAGCUACCGUUGCUCGGCUCCCCAGCUGCGGCAGCCUCGAGCGCGCCGAAGGCCCGCAGAGUGGGAUCGAUCAAGGGCCAAGACGACGAAGAGGAGGAGGAGGAGGAGGAGAAUGCGGCGAUGUCUGAUGACGUUGCGAGCGGCGUGGAGUCGGACGAAGCUUCUGCUUCUACAGCCAGUCGUGCGGCCAAGAAAGCGGACCAGGACGCGAGAGCAGCGGAUCGCAAAACAUUCGAGAAGCACGCCUCGGCGCUGCUUGCCGAGCUUCAGGCGCGCCAAGUCCGUCUCAAGACGCUCGAGUCGGUCUUGUCAAAGCUCUCCACUGUCAGAGCGCUCAUCAGCACCUCCAAAAAUGGCGGAACAUCCGCUCGCAAAGUGAGAGCGAAGGAGGCGAACGCAAGAGAGGCGGUGGCAGCUGGUGGCGUGGCCGGCAAGCAUGGGCUCUCGCUAGCCACGGGUGCGGAAGAUGACAAUGGCAAGUCCUCUAGAUCGAUUUGGAGAUGGAGCAAAGAGAGGAAGCGUUGAGACGCGCUCCAUUUCGGUCGGCGAUUCGAGCACAAUCGAACUGUUUCGAAUGCAUGUCAUACUCUUAGAACUUCCAGCAAUGUCACAC